UCCAGGACCCUUGGGCUUGUUUCUAUGGCAGUUAUUCCCAGCCUUUUAACAUCACACCUUCCCUCAAACCCCAUUUGGCAAUAUGAGGAAAUGAAGUGUUGCAACACCCACACCGAGCAUCUCACAGAGCUCAGUGGACUAAGGACUAAGAACAUGGGCAGAGAUGUCCACAGAUGACAGGCUCGUAUGGGAGGGACUCGGGUGCAGUACACUGCAGCACAGCCUCCCAUGGCACUGGUUUCUUGUCUUUGCAUUGGGGACUUCAUGUGGCAGCCUAGAUCUUCAUUCUCCCCUUGGUUUUGUUUUCCUUUCUUUUCUUCUCCCCUUGCCCUGCCCUCAAGCAGGAUUGCAGUAUUGGAAUGGCAUCAUGAGCAGGAAUGCCAGGGAACCUGUGCUGCACUAGGCAGGCUGACUAAUCUCCCUUUAAAUAAUCUCCCUUUAAAAUAGUCUGGAAGCACUCUAGGGCGUUUCUGUUUCAGGAGCCAUGAGAACACAGCCAUGACUGUGGUCUGUAUAAAUAGCCAGAUCCAUGCUGAUGGAAUAGCGCAAACUAUUCUCCAGGUAGGUAUGUGCACUCUGCAGCUGCAUAAGCAGUUGUCAGGUUGCCUCCAUCUGGUCCUGGAUUAUCAAGGCAGCCUUCAAAAACAUAAGUAUCUGAUACCUGGCCAAUAGCCACUACAGAGCUUUCCAAGAUUUAGGUAAAUACGAGAAUUCUCAACAAAGAGCGCAGCAAGUCUUGCCUCAGCUGAGCACGAUGGCUUCAUUUCCUGUCUUGAAGCAAGAGACGUUGUUCCGGAAUGGUACCUGGAGCUAUCGAAUUCCAGCUCUGCUCUACCUGCCACGGUUCAGCAUCAUCCUGGCAUUCGCUGAGGAACGAGAGGAUGUGGUGGAUGAACAUGCCAAGCUAAUAGCAAUGCGCAGAGGCACAUAUGACCCAGCCACGCACCAUGUGCAGUGGAGUAGAAUGGAGACCAUUGUCAACGCACAGCUGAAAGACCACCGAUCUAUGAACCCCUGUCCUGUUUACGAUGAGGUCUCAGGGAAACUGAUCCUGUUCUUCAUAGCUGUCCCAGGAAAGAUCUCUGAGCAGCAUCAGCUCAGGACAAAGAUCAACCUGGUACGUCUCUGCUACGUCACUAGCAUGGACCAAGGGCAGACCUGGAGCGCUGCCCGGGAUGUCACCAACAGUACCAUUAGCACUGAGUACAAGAACUGGGCCACUUUUGCAGUGGGGCCAGGUCAUGGAUUACAAUUGCUCAACAAGGUCCGGAGCCUCGUGAUUCCUGCCUAUGCCUAUCGUAUCUUGCACCCUAAGCAACACCCCACCCCUCAUGCCUUCUGCUUCAUCAGCUCUGAUCAUGGGACAACGUGGGAGAUGGGGAACUUUGUUGGGGAGGAGAGUGCAGUGGAGUGCCAGGUUGCAGAGGUGCAUACCUGUGGCAGGAAGGUCCUCUACUGCAAUGCAAGGAGCAGCAGGGGAGCCAGAAUCCAGGCUGUCAGCUACAACCAUGGGGUGGACUUUGAGGGAGGCCAGCGGGUAGAAAUGCUGGUAGAACCUCCUUCUGGUUGUCACGGAAGUGUAACUGCCUUCCCACCUCCCCCUGAUGCCAGAUGCCAAGACAGUUGGUUGCUCUACACUCAUCCUACAGAUCCAAAGGGUCGAAGAGAUUUGGGAGUUUACCUCAACAAAAGCCCUUUAAAUCCAGCACACUGGACAAAACCAAGCAUCCUCUUCAAGGGUCUGUGUGCUUAUUCGGAUCUGCAGUACAUGGGGGUUGGGCCAGAUGGCUCACCCUUGUUCUCCUGCCUCUUUGAAUACGGGACCCACCAACAAUGUGAAGAGAUAAUCUUUGUAAUGUUCACUUUGAAGCAAGCCUUUCCAUUAGAGUGCUGAGGCUUGAGCCUUUCCAUCAUCAACCCUCUGAAAACCACAUUUGCUGAUAAUUCUUUCACUGUUACUUGUCAUCUUUCAGCAAAAGGUUUUUUCUGCUCCUCCUGCACCCUUAUUUUGGCAUUGGCCUGUGUUGUCUGUGGAUUACAAAGUCUAUUAAACAUAGUAAAAAUAAA